AUGCGUUGCGUGGCUUGUACUUGGUCACGACCAAGCGGAGCUUCUCGUAUCUCCUUCUCUGGUCACCUUUCGUCUAGUUUUCACCACCGAUCUCCUUUAUCAUUGUCUCUAUCUUUUCCUUCCUCUUGCGAUGUGAGCUUCCUUGUGUCAUGCUCCUCCACAUCUGAACCGUCCGAUCUCAAAGAUUCGUCAAAUCGUUCAUACAGCCGUCGAUGGUACAACCCUCUUCCUCGGCGUCGACAUGCCGAUCAAAUGCCGACUUCUCGGAUUGCUCGUGACUGGAUUGAUUCAGAUACCUCUCCCAUUUGCGAAGAUUCAGACAGAGACAAAUUCACUGUCGUGUCAUACAACAUACUUGGAGAUAGGAACUCAUCAUAUCACAGAGAUUUGUACUCCAACGUCUCUUUUCCUUACCUCAAGUGGGGUUACCGCAAAAGGUUAAUAUGCGAGGAACUGUUUCGUCUCAGACCAGACAUAAUCUGUAUGCAGGAAGUAGACAAGUAUUUCGAUCUAUUCAGCAUGAUGGAGAAAGCUGGAUAUGCUGGCUCCUACAAGCGGCGAACUGGAGAUAACAUUGACGGGUGCGCUAUGUUUUGGAAGGCCGACAGGUUUCGGGUUUUGGAGAGGGAAAACAUUGAGUUUAGCCAGUUUGGUAUGCGUGAUAAUGUUGCACAACUUUCAGUUCUCGAGCUGCUGAAGUCUAAUUCAAGAAAGCUACUGGUUGGUAACAUUCAUGUGCUUUAUAAUCCAAGUAGAGGAGAUGUGAAGCUGGGGCAGAUCCGUUCACUCUGCUCAAAGGCUCACUUGCUCUCUAAGAAAUGGGGUGAUAUUCCCAUUGUCCUAGGCGGUGAUUACAAUAGCUUACCCCAGAGUCCAUUGUACAACUUCUUGACAUCCUCCGAGCUGAAUAUAAUGAAACAUGACAAAAGGGAGCUGUCUGGCCAGAAAAAUCGUCUUCCAAACCAAGUUCUUGAGUCAGGAAGCAAAUCUAGUAAUACAGUAACUUCAAUAAGCAGAUGCUUAAGUAGCUCUUGGACCAACGAAGAGAUUCGUCUUGCGACGGGACAAGAGAACUCGUACUGGGCUGUGCAUCCGUUGAAACUCCAUAGCUCAUACGCCUCAGUUAAGGGUUCAACAAAUACCAGGGACUCUGUUGGUGAACCUCUAGCAACCUCGUAUCACUCGAAAUUUCUUGGAACGGUUGAUUACCUCUGGUACUCGAAUGGUAUUGUACCAUCAAGAGUUCUUGAUACAGUUCCCAUUGAUGUCCUCUGCAGAACCAGAGGCCUUCCUUGUCAAGAACUGGGAAGCGAUCACUUGGCACUGGUUUCUGAAUUUUUCUUUGAACCUAAUGGUUGAUGACUUCUGAAACCAGCUUGGUUUGCUUACGGUUUACAUAUUAUGUCUAUGAUUUAUAAGUACAAGCGUACCGAAACAACCGGUUCUUGGUACAAAAUCAAACCGUGGUCUGUAGUUAAAUGUACAAUAAACCAGGAUAUUCAUUUUCUUCUCUGUUUAUUUUGAUUUAUGCCAAUAUAUUUUCUUGUUUCUUAACUAAUUACUAGAUUUUGACCCG